UCCAUUGGUGUUUGAUUGCAUGUUCUUAGUGUCGUUGUAGUCAAUCUGCAUCGUGGUUUAGGUAAGACAACUCCCGACUUGUCACGCCUAGACCGCGGUGGGCAGUUACUGCUUGUGAUCCAUUGAUAUCUCUAGCGGAGCUCACCGCAAUUGCCCUUCCGUUCGUUUGAUAUAUAUACCUUUUCGGCUGUUGUAAACUACAACGGAUCCUAUAUGCUUUUAUUCAACCGGAAUUCAGGACUCCGAGAGUCUAUCCCCAUUGUUUGAGUACUCCUUUUGGGUCCCUUCUGCCCCGCGUGAGCCAUGUCGAUGGAAUCCCCGGAAGUUGCCUCUGCCCAUGCAACCCAGGCAGACAGAAAGCUCCAUCCCGAUGAUAUCUGCUUUUUGAAGUCGGAUCCCUCGCUGAUUGGAAUGGUCGAUAGAACAUACUACGACGUCGAGACUCACGAACCGCUGGAAGAAAACCUGAUAGUGUCUCAUGCUCCGGUGCCUGAGAACCAGUUGCUGGAAUUUCUGAACUCGGGAAUACCUCCAAAGGGAUAUGUUUACGUCGUGUUCAGUGAACCCACACAAGGAAGUUCCCUGAUACACGAAGAUGACCUCGAACUUGUCGAUCGAUCGCUGGAAAUCGGCCAUGUAGUCAAGAGACAUCCUAGAGAUACGGUCAGUGGCACCGUUAUCAGUGCUUCCACAAAAUGUACCCUGCAACCUAUAGCUUUCAGGCCGUUAGACCCAGAAACGGGGGAGCGGGGUGCAGUCCGCUUCACAGAGAACGCCAUCAAACGCCCAGACGAGCCGUCGGACACUCAAGCACAAGACACACCACCGCUACUCUUCGAUAUUCCUUCAGAGGAGCUUCGGGACUAUGACGAGUUCCAUGAAGGCGACUAUAUCAUAUACAGGCAAAAAUUUGGGGUCAUACAACAGGUCGAUCGGGAUGUAGUAUUAAUGCUCCCAAACAGGACCCUAGUUUCGCCUCUCAACCCUUCUGUCAUUGAGUUGCCAAUUUCUCUUGGGACAAAACCCAUAGUCUCUAUGCCUUCAAAUCCGGAUGGAGUGAGCUCAUUCGCUCUUGGAGAAGGACGUUGGUGUACGUCGAUGCCCUCAGAGACACUGUAUCCUGGCCAAUUUGCCUUAACGUCAAAUAAGAACUUGAGGCGCGGUCAUUGGAUUUCUGGUGGUUACGACGAGAAUGAAAAUGUGCGGCCAGAAGGACAUGUCAUAGCCACUCCACCGAUGGAUAUACACGUGGAUUGGCUAUGCUCCAAUAUUUUUGCUGCGGGCUGUUCGCCCUUUGGACCGUCGAGUGAAGUUAUCAGAGCUUCCACACUACAUGGACAGGCCGUGACGUACGACGAAGGAAAGCUUCCGCGGAACAGUUCCCGCAGUACGGUAAGAUCUGAUUCUUAUCUCUCCGUUGGAGACAGGGUCCGCUUUAGAGAUCCCGCUGGUGCUGCUGUCAAGUACAGCCAGUUCGAUCGUAUUCCAAAAGACCAGUCCUUUGGAUAUGAUCUUAAUAUAUUCAAGAUCGUAUCUUGUAAGACCGAAGUUACGGUUCAAUGGCAGGACCUCAGCGUCACAACGGAACCUUCAACUGAAUUGCAUAAGUUCUCUGUGCCUGAAACCGAGCUAUGGCCCGGGGAAAUGGUUUCGCUGAAAGAUGCCAUCGAGAUUCACGCGACUAAUAACCGUGGUACACGUGGACCCCUCGAUUUCCAUACGUCCGAGUCAAACGCUACAGUGCUGCGCCCAAAGAAGAUCGGAAUCGUACAAACUGUCAACAGCAAGGAGCGCAUUGCUUCGGUUCGUUGGUACAGGGAUCCGAAAGUCGAACUCCUUCAUCAGGGCAAUGUCUUGCGGCCAACCUCAGUACUAGGCGAAAUAGGCGACGAGAUUACAGAGGUUUCCAUGUACGAGCUAGUUACUCACCCUGUUCUGGUGAAGUCAAGAGGCGAUAUAGUUUUGAUGACCCCGCAACGAGUUCACGAAACUCUCAUUCCGCUAACGCCUUCGAAUCCUUCGUCCGCAGGGGCUGGUUCUUGCCUCUUCAGUUAUUUGUUUCCGGCAAAUUUCAGCCAAGCAAAUAUGUACCUUGACCACCUGAAGGACGUGCUUUUGACGCAGGAAUGGUUCAGAGAUUCUGCGGAGAUUGAUACCACCCCUCUGCCUGCACGGCACAGUGUACGCAGGGACGACUUCCCUCUCAGCACUCCUAACGAUUGGAUCGGACAUAUCAUAUCGCUUGAUCUCGAUGGCACUAUCACGGUACGCUUGGGAGCUCUCCAGGAUUGCCGUGAUGUACGUGUCCCCUUGGAAAAAAUCCUGUUGGUACUAGAUGGGGACGCGGAGCCUAGCAACGGCCCGUCAGUCGAAGCACUAGAUGGACUGGAUCUCAGAGCCCUUGACUUUUACGGCCUUGACGGCAGGACUAUCAUUCAGAUGAUCGAGUACGAAGGCGGUCAGCGGCUCGAUGGGGACAGCGAUGAUGGACUGUGGGAGACAGAAGAGGAAGAAAAUGACGAGGAAAAUGAUGAGGACAAUGACGCUGAAAUUGAUGAUGACAUUACCGAUGACGCUUUCACUGUCCCUGAAGUUGCGGAGAUCACAGUUGCAGAGCAGCCAGAUAACGAGGAAACAGAAGACAUUCGUGGUCCCGCUGUUGAGGAACGGACUUCCAACGACAGUCAGCCUGCUAUUGUCGGUUCUGCUCAGCCUACGUCUUGCCCGCCUAGUUUCGCUAUUUUGGAAGUUUCGCCCCCGUCUGAUCAUCAUUUUCUUGGCAAACCUGGCCCUGAUGCUAGAGCUCAGAGACUUCGCCGUAUUCGCAAGGAAUAUGAGAUUCUUGGGACUUCUUUACCAGAGGGUAUCUUUGCGCGCACCUGGGAAUCGAGGAUUGAUCUCCUCCGAGUUCUCAUUAUUGGUCCUCAAGGCACACCUUAUGAGCAUGCUCCUUUUGUUAUCGACUUCCAUUUUGAUGAACACUUCCCCAUCUCGCCUCCAGCGACGUUUUUCCACUCGUGGACGAAUAAUAUGGGCCGGAUAAAUCCUAAUCUCUAUGAGGAUGGAAAAAUUUGUCUCAGCAUUCUCGGGACUUGGCCACCAAAGAAUCCAGAUGAGAAUUGGUCCCCUACCAGGUCUACCGUCCUUCAAAUACUGGUUUCCAUCAUGGGUCUGGUAUUAGUCAGAGAUCCUUUCUACAAUGAAGCAGGAUUCGAGGCCUUCGCAUCUGAAGGAGACAGUCGGGUGGAAGCGACCCAAUACACAGAGAGGGCAUUCGUCAUGACUCGAACUUUCAUCAAAUAUGCCCUAGAAAAUCCGGUUCCUAGCUUUGAAGAUGUUCUAGUUUGGCAUUAUCUUCCAGGCCCAGCUGAAGGUGACGGAUCCCGGCGCCCCGAAUUGCUGAAACAGGUUAUCUCGGAAGGCAAUUCCAUGAUCGACCAUUACAAUUAUAACUCAGAUAAGGCUGUAACGAAGGAUAAUGCGGCCUCGCCCUUUGUAUCCCGUCUGAGUCUCGGGGCUGUAGUCAUGCUUCGGAAACAUGUCACGACGCUGCAAAGGAUUCUAGCUGCUGCGGUGGAAAUAUCAAAUCAACCAUGAUAGCUUCAGUUAUGUUUCAACCAAUUGGAGCCAUAUUUUUAAUGAGGCCGAGUCUUCUCUUAUUGGCAUGGGCUAUUUUUUGACGAUACCGCACCAUUAGUAUAACUUUCUGCGACGACCCUGAAUGAACGUUCUGCCCUCUGUUGACUUGAGCCUUACUUCAUUUUGGUACAAUUAGAAUCUCUGCCAUCACUCGAUGGAUUUUCUAACUACAAGGACUGCGAUAAUAUGGAUAACGGUAAUCAGUAGUUAGGUGCAAUUGGUUUUGUCAUUCGUAUGCG